UCAAAGAGGAUAUAGCUUCGGUGGUCGUUAGAGUCCUGCAGGUACGAAAGAUGAAGAAGCUCACGCAGUAAGCUUUUGACACUGACUGAUCCAUUUCCAUAUCCAAUGGCUCGUCUAGCGAAUGUGUAUGGCGUCUCCGAGACACUUCCCGCAGCUAUCCCGAAGCUCAGCAACUUGCAGAGGACCCGAAUGAGGCCAAAGAGACUCCAAAUUGCGAGCAGGAAAGCAGAGGACUUUGAAGAGCAAGGCUCACUGCAGAGUUUGAGAAGAGGGGCGGCACUGGGACUAGCAGCAGCCUCGAUAGCUCUCUUUGGAAGUUUCGGGAAUGGAGUUGCUCGGGCCGAGGAUAACGGGUACUGGAUCACUGGGCCUAUCCCGGUUCCUCCAGUCUUCAACAAGAUUGCAAAUGAGAAGACGGGCACUAGAUCGUUCGUGAGGAGUGGGAUAUACAUAGCAAACAUCGGAGUCAAAGGGAGCAUGUACAGGCUGAAGAAAUAUGCAUUCGAUCUGCUCGCUCUGGGGGAUUUGAUAGGGAAAGAUGCUUGGAACUAUGUGAGGAAGUACCUGAGACUUAAGGGCACUUCCAUGUAUUACGAUUUCGAUAAAGUGAUCUCCGCUGCUCCCGUCGCCGAUAAGCAGCCCCUGACUGAUCUCGCCAAUAAUCUGUUCGACAGCAUCGAGAAGCUCGAAGAUGCCGUGAAGAGGAAAGACCUGUCUGCGACACAGUCAUGUUACGAGGGCACAACUGUUAUUCUCCAGGAAGUCAUGAACAGAAUGGCAUAGACUCGUGAUAUGUUUUCGGGUCUGAUCAGGACAAGAUCAUUUAUAUGUAACAUGACAUCCCCAGUUGGGGUUUGUUUCGGUAUGCAGUUUCUUGCGUAGUUUUCCACAGAACAACUCUCA